AUAAAAAUGAAUUACAUGAAUAUUUUGUAAAUGGUCAUUUUAUUUAAUAGUUAGUAAAAUAAUAGUGUCCACUUUUUUUUUUGUCAUCUAUUGGGAGACAAAGAUGAGAAAGGAGAGGAAAAGGUUUUAUAUUUCCAUUACAUAGAAAGUAGAAAAGAUUGUUGCUUUUUUUUACAACUCUAUCAGUAUUACUACUUGGCCAUCACCAUUCACAACUGUGGUGUGUUCUAUUAAUAAGUUUCUAAAGUUUGGAUCUUUGAUUCAAAUUCUUAAUUAUCAAAUCUCAUGUUCUCAAUCCAGAAAAGGAAAAAAAAAAGAAUAGUACCAAAAGUUGUAAUCUAAAACCCAUCAUUGGAUUGGAUUUGCUUUUGAUUGGAGGAUAUCUUCUUCUAUUCUAAAGUAAAAGCUUCUUAUUCAUUCUUAAUAUUAACAAUAAUAGGUGUACUUAAUCGUAUACUUAAGAAGAAAAUCACUCAUUUCAUUACUCUUUUUAUUUUUCUUUCUUAUUUCUUUCAUGGCUUCCCCAACUGGGGUUAACAACAACCUAAAUCCAAACUUGACCUAUAAUCAGAAUCAGAACCAGAACCAGAGCCACCUUCAACCACCACCGCCACUCUUUGAUAUUCAUCAACUCUUCAAACCCUCUUCCGGUUCCAACUUCCCUAUUCCCAAUAUCCCUUCUCUUUCUCCAGCUUCUUACCCUCCACCCACUGGCGCCUCCACUCACCCAUUUCAUAACCUCCCCAACCUCAAUAUGCCGCAGCCUCCCAGCCCCGGACCCAUCUCAUACGCCGCCGCCAUAGCCACUGCUCCCUCACCCGCCGCUUCUCCACCACCUCCUCCUCCUUCUUCUUCUUCUUCUUCCCCUAACCCCAAUAUUACUAGCGGGGCUCGCUUGAUGGCUCUAUUGAAUAACACCCAAAAAUCUCCCUCUGGUUCUAAUCUCGAUUUGCCUCCUCCGACCAUGAUUCCUUUUGAUUCUUCUCCUUCUUCGUCGUCGUCGGCUGCAGCAGUGUCCGGUAACGCUAUGGUGGCGCCUACUACUCCGAUGAGAAUGCCCAGCAGGAAACUUCCCAAGGGACGCCAUUUAAUCGGCGACCAAGCUAUUUAUGAUAUCGAUGUGAGAUUGCAGGGUGAGGUGCAGCCUCAAUUGGAGGUCACUCCCAUCACCAAGUACGGUUCUGAUCCCACCCUUGUCGUUGGCCGUCAAAUUGCGGUGAAUAGAUCUUAUAUAUGUUAUGGACUGAAGCCCGGUGCGAUAAGGGUUCUUGAUAUUAAUACUGCUUUGAGAGCUUUGCUUCGAGGCCACACUCAGAGAGUUACUGACAUGGCUUUCUUUGCUGAGGAUGUUCACCUUUUAGCCAGUGUAAGUGUUGAUGGACGGGUUUUCAUAUGGAAGAUUCAUGAAGGCCCGGAUGAGGAUGACAAGCCUCAAAUUAUUGGGAAAAUUGUUGUUGCAAUCCAAAUAGUAGGACUGGGAAAAGCAGUCCAUCCAAGGCUGUGUUGGCAUCCUCACAAACAAGAAAUUUUAAUUGUGGCAAUUGGAAAUUACAUCCUGAAAGUUGAUUUAUUGAGAGUCGGAAAGGGGAAAACAUUUUCUGCAGAGGAACCACUUCAAUGUCCUAUUGAUAAACUGGUUGAGGGGGUCUUGUUAGUUGGUAAGCACGAUAGUGAAAUUACUGAAUUAUCAAUGUGCCAAUGGAUGACCACCCGGUUGGCUUCAGCAUCAUUGGAUGGCACGGUGAAAAUUUGGGAUGACCGUAAGCCGUUACCACUUGCCGUGUUAAAACCGCAUGAUGGCGUUCCUGUUAAUUCCGUGACAUUUCUAACUGCUCCACACCGUCCUGAUCAUAUUGUGCUUAUCACUGCGGGUCCACUCAAUAGGGAAUUGAAAAUGUGGACCUCCACAAAUGAGGAGGGAUGGCUCUUGCCUUGUGAUGCUGAAUCAUGGCGCUGUACCCAGACUUUGGAAAUAAAGAGCUCUGCUGAAUCCAAUGUUGAGGAAGCAUUUUUUAAUCAAGUUGUUGCAUUGCCUCGGGCAGGUCUGUUUCUACUGGCAAAUGCCAAAAAGAAUGCCAUAUAUGCUGUCCAUAUUGAAUAUGGGCCUGAUCCAGCUGCAACACGUAUGGACUACAUUGCUGAGUUUACUGUCACAAUGCCAAUUCUAAGUCUUACUGGGACAAGUGAUAGCUUACCAGAUGGGGAUCAUGUCGUACAGGUGUACUGUGUCCAAACACAAGCUAUUCAGCAGUAUGCAUUAAACUUGUCACAAUGCUUGCCACCACCCAUAGAGAAUUUAGAAUUGGAGAAAAUGAAAUCAAUUGGCUCUCAUCCUUUUGAUACUGCUGAUAGUUCUGCAAUGCUGGAAUCAUCCCAUAAGAGUAAACCAUCUGAUAUUGCUCCCUCACCAAGCCAUCUUGUUAAAAUGGCUUCUUCUGAGGUUACAAGCUUGCCUAUAGUUUCUACUUCACGGGCGGAUUGCGAUUCAAUUGCUACUCCAUCUCACAUCUUAGGUGAAAAACAUCCAUCAUCAACCUCUCUUCCUUUGAGUCCUAGAUUAUCACGAAAUUUGUCAGGUUAUAGUAAUUUACAGAAUAGCAAUGAUACUAGUCUGCCUCUCAAAGAUCAAGUUGAUGAUCAGAAUGUUGUCAAAGAUAAUGUUUCUGAGGCAUCUCCCUCGACAGACAAUCUCAUGAAGGGUGACAAAGAUGUCACACAAAAUGAUGUUUCUAUGGCUCCUAAUCAUGCAGCAUUUAGACACCCAACACAUCUGGUAACUCCAUCAGAGAUAUUAUCUACAGCUGCUUCAUCUUCUGAACAUGCUCAGCUUAAUCAGGGAAUGACUGCCUUAGAGGCAAAUGUUGAAGAUGUUAUCAACAAGGAUGCAGAGAGCAAUGAAGUAGAGGUUAAAGUUGUUGGAGAAACAGGAGCUAUUAAAAGCAAUGAGGUUCUUGACGACAAAAAGAAGAAAGCCUUUUACUCCCAGGCCUCAGAUCUUGGUUUUCAAAUGGCACGGGAUUGCAUUGACACAUAUUGUACAGAGGGAACCGUGAACGCUAAUGAUGUUGGUGUUACUGAGGCCCGAGAACAAAAUAAAGUCCAAAAUGUGACGAAUGAUGUCACUCUCAAGGGCGUUGACUCAGAUACUAAUGUAACAACCCCUGUCCAAGCUACAAAAGGGAAAAAGCAGAAGGGGAAAAAUUCACAGAUAUCCGGUCCAUCUUCCUCUUCUCCAAGCUCAUUUAACUCCACUGAUUCAUUAAAUGAACCUGAUGGCGUGUCAGGUACACCACCUGUUGAAGCUGCGUUACCUCAGUUAUCAGCUAUGAAAGACAUGCUGAAUCAGUUAAUUGGAACACAAAAGGAAUUACAGAAACAGAUGAAUGCGAUGAUUACUGGCCCAGUUACCAAAGAGGGUAAACGGCUAGAGGGAAUCCUAGGCCGGAGCAUGGAAAAAGUUGUUAAGGCUAAUUCAGAUGCUUUAUGGGCUCGUUUCCAAGAAGAAAAUGCUAAACAAGAGAAGUUGGAACGAGACCGCACUCAACAAUUAACAAACUUGUUCACCAAUGCUAUAAACAGGGAUCUUCCAACCAUGUUAGAGAAAACUUUCAAGAAGGAAAUAGGUGCCAUUGGACCAGGUUUAGCUCGUUCAAUAACUCAAAUUACAGAGAAAUCCAUAUCUUCAGCAAUUACGGAGUCUUUCCAGAAAGGAGUAGGAGAGAAGGCAGUGAAUCAAUUAGAGAAAUCAGUUAGUUCAAAACUAGAGGCCACAUUGGCUAGGCAGAUCCAAGCACAGUUUCAAACUACUGGAAAGCAAGCUCUUCAGGAUGCAUUAAGGUCGAGCUUGGAAUCUUCCCUCAUUCCCACAUUUGAAGGGUCAUGUAAAAACAUGUUCGAGAAUGUUGAUGCUGCAUUUCAGAAAGGGUUUGUUAAACAUACAAGUGCUACUCAGCAGCAAUUUGAGUCCACACAUUCUCCACUGGCUGCUGCUCUGAGGGAUGCAAUUAAUUCAGCAUCAACGAUCACUCGAACCUUAAGUGGAGAAUUAGCUGAUGGCCAACGUAAACUGAUGGCGUUUGCAGCUGCAGGUGCUAGCUCAAAAGGACCAAAUUCCUUGACAACACAGUUGAGCAAUGGUCCGCUUUCUAGUGUACAUGAAAUGGCGGAAUCACCUGUUGAUCCUAUUAAGGAAUUAUCAAGGCUGAUCGCUGAGCGCAAAUUUGAGGAAGCAUUUACAGGAGCCCUCCACAGAAGUGAUGUCUCCAUAGUUUCUUGGUUGUGUUCUCAGGUUGAUUUACCAGGAAUCAUGUCACUGGUGCCACUGCCUUUAAGCCAAGGAGUUGUACUGGCUCUUCUCCAACAAUUGGCAUGCGACAUAAACAAUGACAUGUCGAGAAAGCUGGCAUGGAUGACAGAUGUGGCUGUGGCCAUAAAUCCAACGGAUCCCUUGAUUGCAUUGCAUGUCCGGCCAAUCUUUGAACAAGUUUACCAGACACUUGAAUAUCAUCGCAAUCAAUCUACCACUUCAGCUUCAGAUAUCAACAGCAUUCGCCUUCUUAUGCACGUAAUCAACUCUGUGUUAAUGAGCUGUAAAUGACUGUUUAGACUCGUCUAGUAUUUGUUAGUGCAACUUUGUUGUAUAGCAAGAAAUCUAGGAAGCUCGCUUGGGACAUCUUUGUACUUUUAUGAUUUGUGUUGUAUAAAAAUAGUUUGUAACAAAAUCCACCAUCCAUUUCAAAUUCAUAGCUACAUCUAGAAGGGAAAAUGUUAGUAGCUAUAAUAAUUUUUUCCUCAUAAUGAUUUUUGUACUAUUGGUUGUUCGUAGGCAUUUUGUGUUCUCUGAUUCUCAUUUGGAAUAAGUUUAAAAUUUUCAUAUUUGCUUGUUACA